UGACGUCACCAGCAGGCGGGUCAAAGUUCGCAAACACCUACUCCACUUCCUUUCCUACCAGCGGAGGCCGUAGAAACAGUACAAAAAUGGGCAAGUUCAUGAAGCCUGGGAAGGUGGUGAUGGUCCUCGCUGGACGUUAUGCCGGCCGCAAAGCCGUCAUUGUUAAGAACAUCGACGACGGCACGGCCGACAGACCUUACAGCCACGCCCUGGUGGCUGGCAUCGACCGCUACCCCCGUAAGGUGACCGCCAGCAUGGGCAAAAAGAAGAUCGCCAAGAGAUCCAAGAUCAAGGCCUUUGUCAAGGUCUACAACUACAACCACCUCAUGCCCACCAGAUACUCUGUGGACAUUCCCCUUGACAAAACUGUGGUCAACAAGGAUGUCUUCAGGGAUCCCGCUCUCAAGGCCAAAGCCAGACGGGAGGCCAAGAUGAAGUUUGAAGAGAGGUACAAGACGGGCAAGAACAAGUGGUUCUUCCAGAAGCUCCGAUUCUAAAUUCAACAGAUUUCUCUAAUAAAAACUGUACAAAAGAAAAAAAGCGCAUUUGUCAAGGAUUGGUGACGAAAAUGAGAAAUGAACACUUUUUAAUGAACACAUUUUAAUGACAUCCACUCUAUGAAGUGUUUAUUUUUCUAAGCUUUUUUUGUUUCCUUUCAAUUGACAGAUCUUUAAGGAUGAUGCCCAAUGGAAGCAAAACAUUUUUUUAAAAAAAUGUGCUUAGUCGUGUGAUACAAUGUGAAAAAAGUAAUCUUAUAACUAACCUUGUGGUUAAAAUGGUCAAAUAUUUGUAUACGUCAGGAAACACUCAGGUGACUUGAAGUGCCGCUCUGAGAUCCCCAAUUUGGCCAAAUUUCAAAAUUGUCCUAUAUGCAAGUGUGAUACAUCAUUGAAAAGCUAAAAAAUCAAUUUUCUGGCGGAAGAAAAAAUUUGAGCAGGAAGGCAUUUAAUUUUUUUUUUUUUUCUAAUAGCAAAACCCUAACUGGAGGUGAGAGCAUAAUUAAAGACGCCAUGAUUUUAA